AUUUGCAGGCAGCAGUAUUAUUCUGCUUCCAUCUUCUCUAUACAGAGCCCAUAAUCCAUCUUGACGGCCACCCAUACACUUUGACAAGCACGACUGAGGGACUCCAAGCCUGAUUAGGGAGCUCUUGGACGGCUCAGAUCAUCCAUCAAGAUGCGUAAACUCAAGCAUCAUGAGCAAAAGCUGCUGAAAAAAGUCGACUUUUUGAAUUGGAAGCAAGAUGCUUCUCAGAGAGAAGUCAAAGUGAUGAGAAAGUAUCACAUCCAAGACCGAGAGGACUAUCAUAAAUACAACAAGCUCUGUGGCUCUCUUCGUUCGCUGAUACAUCGACUAUCCUUGCUACCCGCUGAAGACCCGUAUCGACAGCAGAAAGAGUCGGAAAUGCUGAACAAACUAUACGACAUGGGGAUUCUGGAUGUCGGCUCGAAACCUUCGGACAUCGAAAACAAGGUCACGGUUUCUUCGAUAGCCAGACGGAGAUUAGCGGUGACUGUGGCCAGACUAAAGAUGGCUGAGACUGUAUCUGAUGCUGUGCGGACCAUUGAACAAGGCCAUGUCCGCGUUGGUACUCAGCCGGUGACGGACCCAGCCAUGCUCAUCACAAGACACAUGGAGGACUUUGUCACUUGGGUGGACACGAGUGCUAGAAAGAGGACGAUUAUGAAGUAUAAUGACGAGCUGGAUGACUUUGACCUGUUGUAAAAAUUUUCGCCCACCACCGCAUCAAUGCAUUGUCCUACCAUAUAUUCACACCAUCG